GGGUUGUCAGCUAAUGUCCACGAGCACAGGCCAACGAGUACCAUCCUUCAAAAAUAAUUAAUGGAGGAUACGAUAAAUUCAAUCUAUUAAUUUUCUCUUCUCAAUUUUAUACUUUGGUUGCUUAACACUGAAGCAACCAUGGUGAACCUAAGGAACGCGGUGCAUUCAUUCCUUGUGCACCUAAUUGGCCUGUUGGUUUGGCAAUUUGAUAUUUCUGUGAGUCCAGUAGCAGCUAUGGUAACUGACAUUUUCAAUACCUCCGAUGGUGGACGCUUUAAAUUUCCAGAUGGGGUACAAAAUUGGCCAGCACUUUCAAUCGUCAGCAUAAUAAUCAUGACAAUAGGUGGCAACAUACUUGUUAUCAUGGCAGUAAGCAUGGAAAAGAAACUGCACAAUGCCACCAAUUACUUCUUAAUGUCCCUAGCUAUUGCUGAUAUGCUAGUGGGACUACUUGUCAUGCCACUUUCUCUUCUUGCAAUUCUUUAUGAUUAUGUCUGGCCACUACCUAGAUAUUUGUGCCCCGUCUGGAUUUCUUUAGAUGUUCUAUUUUCUACGGCGUCCAUCAUGCACCUCUGUGCCAUAUCGCUGGAUCGGUAUGUAGCAAUACGUAAUCCUAUUGAGCAUAGCCGUUUCAAUUCGCGGACUAAGGCCAUCAUGAAGAUUGCUAUCGUUUGGGCAAUAUCUCUAGGUGUGUCAGUGCCCAUCCCAGUGAUUGGACUGAGGGAUGAAAACAAAGUGUUUGCGAAUAACACCACUUGCGUGCUCAAUGACCCGAACUUCGUGCUGAUCGGGUCCUUCGUGGCGUUCUUCAUCCCUCUGACAAUCAUGGUGAUCACGUAUUUCCUGACCAUCUACGUCCUGCGCAGACAAGCCUUGAUGCUGCUGCGAGGCCACAUCGAGGAACCACUCGGCCCAAGCCUGAAUUUUCUGAAGUGCUGCAAGAGGAAUACGGACGAUGAAGAGAAUCCAGCAAACCCUAACCAAGAUGGGAACCCGCGCCGGAAAAAGAAGAAAGAAAGACGUCCUCGGGGCACCAUGCAGGCUAUCAACAAUGAAAAGAAAGCAUCGAAAGUCCUUGGCAUUGUGUUCUUUGUGUUUCUGGUCAUGUGGUGCCCAUUCUUCAUUACCAAUAUUCUGUCGGUUCUGUGUGGGAAAGCCUGUAAUCAAAAGCUUAUGGAAAAGCUUCUGAAUGUGUUUGUUUGGAUUGGCUAUGUUUGUUCGGGAAUUAAUCCUCUGGUGUACACGCUCUUCAACAAAAUUUACCGCAGGGCUUUCUCCAACUAUUUGCGCUGCAACUAUAAGCCCGACAAAAAGCCUCCUGUCCGACAGAUACCGUUAUCGAGAGUCGCUGCCACUUCUUUGUCUGGGAGGGAGCUUAAUGUUAACAUUUACCGGCAUACGAAUGAGCCCAUGGUUAGGAAAGCCAAGGAGAGCGAGCCCGGUAUAGAGAUGCAGGUGGAGAAUUUAGAGCUACCAGUAAACCCUUCCAAUGUUGUUAGUGAAAGGAUUAGCAGUGUGUAAGACAGAGCAGCACAGUCUUCUUCCAGGGAAGCUACACUGGUAGGAAAAUCUAACCUUCCGUGGGUCACAACUACUGUAAAUAGUGCUGUCUGAAACAGUGUUUUUAUAUAUAGCUUUGCAACCCUGUACUUUACAAUCAUGCUUACAAUAGUGAGGUUUAGGGUUCUAUAUUUACUGUUUAUAAUAGAUGGAGACUAAGUUAUUUUGAGUCUUUGAUGGAUAAAGUGUUUGUUUUUAUUCCCUUCCUUCCUUCUUCUCUCACCACACCUUUUCCGUCACUCCCUCUUCCUCAGAAAGUUAAUGUUCAUCUCAGGUGGCAUCUGCAGAGUAUGCACAUUGCGGUGGUGACGCUUCAACCACACCUAAAUUGACAAAUUAUGUGGAAUCUUUUUCAAGAUUAACAGUAAAUAUGCACUGUAAAUUCUUGCUCUGCUUAUCUACACACAUAAACACAGUAAGAUAGGUUCUGCCUCGUGAAACAUCCAUCAGUGAGUCAGGCAGUACUUCGCUUUGUUGUUACUUAUAGGGACAAAAUUUGACAUUGUCAGAAUCUUGUGCUGGUAUUUUGCUGCAAUGUCUGUCCCCAAACAUAAUGUUAUUUUAACAUAGCAGCUAGUCAACCGGGACUACAGAAGUGGAAGGAUAAUAAAGUAAUCUACAUACCAACAGCUUUUCACUUCUUAAGGACAAUGUUAAAUUCUGAUUAUUAUGACAAGCAAACUGGAAUUAGUGUUUUCAUUCUGGUCCUUAGUAAAUACCUAAUUCCAUGACUAAACUGGGAAAUUGAGAUCCCAGGGUUAUUUCCCAAUCCAGGAUUCAACAUCAAUUGGGUUUUGAUCUAAGAAUUCUGGAAAUUCAUGGGUUACACACAAAGUGAAAUUAGCAUUUUGAGCCAUAUUAAAACAUUUUCUUAAUUAUGUUACCUCUAUCUAUAGGACCCAAUUUAGCAGUCCAUUUUUGAGUAAAACUUGUGCAGGACUUGUAGAUGACAAAAACUUUGGAAGUUUUACUUGAUUAAGGACUACCAAUUUAGGCCCUUAGAAUGUGGAAAAAGAAAGAAAUUUAAAAAUCACUUUUACUGCACUCUAGGAAAAACAGAAACAGAGUUUCCAUUUGGAUUUUAAACAAAAUUUAUCUCAUUUUCAGAUCCUUCCAAACUCUCUAGUGAAGGAGAAGGCUGCAGCUAAUUUGUAAAAAGUGGCAAGCUCUUCUUUGUACUGCAAUUACAUACCAGAAACUUAAAUAUUUGUUAAAUAUAGUGUUGUGUUAAAAUAAGUAUUGGCCAUUGUGUCGUUUGCAGGCCUGCUCCUCUCCAAGAAUUAAGCAUCAUUUUAAUAGUUUGUAAACUGUAAAAAAUUUUCAAGCUUUGCUAAAGUGAGACCAUUAAGUCUAUGCUGUGUGAAGAGUAUACAUGUGUUUCCAGUGUUCUGUGUGUGUCCAUUUUACUGUGGAUAAAAUUUCCAAAGAAUUCAUGAUGCUAUUUCUUACUCCUGACAGUUACUUAGGCACUUCAGAGUGUGCUUGUUAGUAUCUUAAAUUUGGUGACUGCAGAAUCUAAAGUUCUAAGACCCCUGGUCUGUGUCCUCAACACACAGCAUAGAUAAGUCCAACAGUCUGCCACACAGGCAGUGGGAGAAAGGCUGUAUUUGAGGAAACUCAUACAGUCUCUUUGUGAUCUACAACACUGCCAAAUAGCCAGCCGAUUGCUUGAGCAUGCCCAAAUAUAACACGAAAGUAAAGUCUACCUGCCUGUUAGGUCAGAGCUGUAUGUUAAAACAAGUACCUGAAAUUGAAUGAGAUGAUCUAAUUCCUAAUGAGAUGAAAAUGUCUGAUGAAACACAGCAUGCAUUUAGCAUGAGUUCUGCACAUACAGAUGGUGUCCUGCAUGUACACUCUGUAUGUUGCAUGAAUCCUCUGAUUUGUAUUAAUGUAUGGCAGAGUAGCUGGUAUAAAAAGGACUGAAGAAAAUCCCUCAGCAGUCCUGAAAAAGACCACACAUUCAGACCUGAAACAUUGUGAGUAUUAGAGAAAGUUGGAAACAUCUGAUUUCUUAACUAUCAGGGCAAGCUCAUAGCACAUGUUUUACAGAGAAGUAAAAUAACAAUGAUGGUUUUCCAGAAGCACUAGAAAAAAGUUGAAUGGUAAUAGCUUAUAGCACAUUUGUUAAUAAUUCUUAUGUCAUCAAAUAGUAGUACUUAAUAGUACCCAACACAGUAAUUAUUCUCAAAUUGUGUGCUAUUCAUAAGUUCUGUGCAGUUUGCUAUGAAACAAAUAUACCCAUUUGGAUAUAAAUCUAACAGUCGAGUGUUAAAUAUACAAACUUUUAUAAAUGUUUUAAAAAAGUCCAUGUGAUAAAUGUAAAUGUUAUGAAUUUACUGUCAAACAAAUCAUUUUGACGUACUAUUUAUAUAUAUAUAUACACAUAUAUAUAUGACUCGUGCAACAGACUGCCUUAUAUUAUUUCUUGUAAUUCUUCUCCUUUGUCAAAUGGUACUUUUUGUGAAUGGUUGCAAAAUAUUGUCUUAUUUUUGAUUCUUGUAUGUUAUCCACUGCAGGUUUUUGUGAUACUUCCUAUUAAUUUAUUAAAU